CGGAGCAUGUCCUGGCUCUGCUUACUCUGGUCCUUUCCUGACCACUAGGAGUUGCUCCUACAACGUGAACCAACAAUCCAAUCGAAACAACUCCUUUUGCGAACGAAUAAACGUGCCUCGUUCCUUCAAAGACAAAAGCAUGUACUGGGUAUAAAUCCUACCGUUCGAAUCACCAACUCUACUUCUUGAAAUCCCUUAACUCAGAUUUAUUUCGCAACUUGAUACUUAGAGUCAAAUAUCGAUAAUCAAGCAACCCUAUCGUCACUCUUCGUCUAGCAAGGCACUUUGCUCCAAAAGCCACUAUGUCCUUGUCGCGCCGAGCUCUGAUUAGCAUAACUUCUGCUCGUGGUACCUUAUUCGAGGGGAAGGAGACCACCGGCCUCUUCAUCAGCGAAGCGCUGCAUCCUUACAAAGUCUUGAGGGCAGCUGGUUUUGAGGUUGAUCUCGCUUCCGAAACUGGUACAUAUACCCCUGACUGGCUUUCGACACAGCCAGAUUUCCUGAACGGCGAAGACUUGAACAUUUGGAAUGAUACCAAGAGCGAAUUCCGCACGAAGCUCGACAACAUGCCAAAAGCCGCUGACCUCGAUGGUAACGCAUACGGGCUAUUCUACGCGUCUGCCGGCCAUGCUGCCCUCAUCGAUUAUCCCACGGCCUCUUCUCUUCAGCGAAUCGCAGCGCAAGUCUGGGCGAAUGGAGGGGUGGUCUGUUCUGUCUGCCACGGACCAGCACUUUUCGCCAAUCUGAUCGACCAUAGCACCAAUGAGCCCUUGAUCAAGAACAAGAGAAUUACUGGAUUUACCACGGAAGCCGAAUCUUUCAUGGGGAUCAUGGAUGAACUCAGAAGCUGGGGUGCUGAGAUGGUGGAGGAGACGGCAAUUAGACUCGGGGCGACGUAUGUGCGUGCUCCUGGUAUCUGGGACGACUUUCAUGUAGUUGAUGGUCGCCUAGUGACAGGCCAGAACCCAGCCAGUGCUACAUCCACUGCUCAAGCUGCCGUUGAGGCUUUCGACAGCGCUUGAAGAAUGGUAUUUCGAGAUGUUUUGGGACUUCCUAGUGUGGAGAAGACAUAUGCUUACGGGGAUGAUUCAAUGGAUUGGAUAGAUUGACAGGAUCAUAAAUUUUCCUAGUGAUUAAAUUAUUUUCCAAACACCUUCUGUCUGAGGUCUCAGUGUAGCAUAUUGAUGUUGUCAAAUUAAUCACGACCGGCGUGUGAAAGGACGUGAAAUUCAAUUAUCAUGCAAAAGAAGAUGUGACCGACUAACUCAUAUUAUCAUGCUGAGCCUGUGCAGCGCAGCCUCAACAGCCGUAGUAAGUCUUUUUUCGAGGUAGUUACAGAUUGAUUGCUAGGUUCGUUCAACCUAACGUUCUUUAGCUAUGGCUGCAAAAUGUCAAGCUCAGUAGCCGGUGGACUGCUGGGAAGGAAUUCGAAGAGCAAAAGCAAGUAAUAAGUCAACUCGUCCUGCUUUUGGUGUACCAAAGCCACGUUGCUACCCACAAAUACGGAACUGACG